CUCUUCGGCGGUCUGCGGUCCUCCGGUGCAGGUCUGGUGUGGACUCCUGCCUGGACACAACGAUGCAGAGGAACCCCGGCCCACUAGUGCCUUUACAUUAUUUUGGCUUUGGCUAUGCAGCCCUGGUUGCUACUGGUGGGAUCGUUGGCUAUGUAAAAGCAGGUAGUGUGCCGAGCCUGGCGGCCGGGCUCUUCUUCGGGAGUUUGGCAGGCCUGGGUGCUUACCAGCUGUCUCAGGACCCCAGGAACAUUUGGGUUUUCCUAGCUACAUCUGGGACCUUGGCUGGCAUCAUGGGAAUGAGGUUCUACCACUCUGGAAAAUUUAUGCCUGCAGGUUUAAUUGCAGGUGCCAGUUUGCUGAUGGUUGUUAAAAUUGGAAUUAAUGUGUUGGAUAGACCACGGACAUAGUAGUCACAUCCCAGCUAGAGCUCAUGAAGAAUUAAAAAUCUCCGGACUUCCACUUUUUAAAUGUAUUAAAGAAAUGCAACAUAUUUACAUACUUUAGCAUUUUACUUAAAACAAACACUGAACUUGAUGGGGAAAAACAUUAUUAGUCUUUGCCUUCACAACCCUUCAGAGGUGGUGAAUGUAUAAGAAAAGAGCUUCACAAUGCCCUCAUAUGGUUGGUUCUCUGGUGAUGUUAUCUCUUCUUUCUGUAUCAGUAGUUAAAGUCACAAGAGGUAAAAUGUUAGGAGUCAACAUUGGGAUCCCCAAAGUCUCAUGCCUUGCUCAGAAGAACAGUGUGAAAAAACUCUGUUCUUGAAACUUGGGGUGUAUGUUCUUUUGCUCAUCAUAGACUUACUUACUUUGAAAUUAUGUUAAAUGGAAUAAUCAAAAUAAAAUUUACUACGAAUAACA